AUGACCCCGACGACCGAUUUUGACCUCCAAACCGCUCUCGCCGCUUGCCAAGACAGUCCUCCUGCACGAUGGGCAUUCAUUCGCCAAUUCACCCGCAGCUGGGCUUCGACGGCCACUCUUAACAAUACCCAGGCGCCAGCAGACGCCAAUUCUACGGAAAUAGGCUUAGCAGCCGGAGAGCAGCGACUCAAGCUCACACUCCCGCCCGCCCUCAAGGAGGCAUACAAACUACUCGGCCACCGACCAGAUCUCACCUCCAACCACGACAGGUUCCUCGCCCCGGAGGAGCUAUACAUUCACCAACACACCACCACCGACGAUAUUAGCACCCUAGUCUUCCGCACCGAAAACCAAAACGCUGCAAUCUGGGGGAUCAAGAUCUGCCAUUUCUCCAACCCCGAUCCACCGGUCUUCAUUCGCCUUGGCCUAUCUGAAGAGGAAGCCGAACAAUGGCUCCCGUGGACCGCCACCUUCUCAGAAGCUCUGGUCGAGAUCAUCCUGACCGAAUCGAUGUUCGACCCCACCGCUCUAACGUACAUCAGCUUUGAAGAAUGUGGUAGAUCGGAACUCGAAAAGAGGUUCACGCCACUUCCAUUCCCCCGCUAUUCUCCAGAGUCGGGAAGUACGAUUUCUUGGUUCACCCAUGCUCCCAACCUAUUGCUUCGUCACGACGGAUCGGAGGUCAUGAUCCGCGCCCGCACAGACGACGCGGUCCAGCGGCUGACGGAACAGAACCCGGAUUUGUUUUCAAAUCUGGUGCCAAACGGAUAUAUCUAA